CCAUAGCAGAGCAGAAGCCCGAGAUCCGCCAGCCCCGGCUGCAGGCUCGGGGGCGGAGGAACCAGGCGCGCCGUGCCACGGAGGCUUGAGAGCCCGAGGGGCAGCAGCCUGGGACGGGGCCCCAGUGUCCCCUCUGCUGCCAACUGGCUGUGUGGCCUGGGGCAAGCCACUUUGACCCUCUGGACCUGUUUCUCCUUUACUCAAAGGAGAAACCGUUUAGGGCCAAGGCCCAGGAACCGGCCUGUCUGAUUUGAAUCCCACCUUUAUCACACCCAAGCUGACCCCGGGAGCAGAGCCCAGAGCCCACGGUCUAGAGGAUGCCCAUCCCUGCCCUGGGCACAGGCCCCAGCCCCCGCCCCCCUCCCUGGGGCCAUGGGAGAAGCAGCAUGUGGGGGAGACCCCAGAGUCCGGGCCCAGGUCAAUGAGCAGGAGGUGUCUGAGCUCCCUGAAGAACAAGCUGUCCAGCGGGGCCUGGAGGAGACCUUGCCAGCCUGGGACCUGCCCGGGGCCUGAGCCACAGGAGCCGGAGGAGAAGAGGGUGGUCCGGGAGCUGCUGGAGACGGAGCAGGCCUACGUGGCUCGCCUGCACCUUCUGGACCAGGUGUUCUUCCAGGAGCUGCUGAGGGAGGCCCGCGGCAGCAAGGCCUUCCCCGAGGACGUGGUCCGACUCAUCUUCUCCAACAUCUCCUCCAUCCAUCAGUUCCACGCGCAGUUCUUCCUCCCCGAGCUGCAGAGGCGCCUGGAAGACUGGACGACCACGCCCCGCAUUGGGGACGUGAUCCAGAAACUGGCGCCGUUCCUGAAGAUGUACAGCGAGUACGUCAAGAACUUCGGGCGGGCGGCGGAGCUGCUGGCCACCUGGACUGACAAGUCCCCGCCCUUCCAGGAGGUCGUCGCCCGCAUCCAGAGCAGCGAGGCCUCGGGGAGCCUGACCCUACAGCACCACAUGCUGGAACCAGUGCAGAGGGUCCCGCGCUACGAGCUGCUGCUCAAGGAGUACGUCCAGAAGCUGCCGGCCCAGGCCCCGGACCGCGCCGCUGCCCAGAAAGCCCUGGACAUGAUCUUCUCCGCCGCCCAGCACUCCAACGCAGCCAUCGCGGAGAUGGAGCGGCUGCAAGACCUGUGGGAGGUGUACCAGCGCCUGGGCCUGGACGACGACAUGGUGGACCCCUCCAACGCCCUGCUCCGCGAGGGCCCGGUCUUCAAGAUCUCCUUCCGCCGCAGGGACCCCAUGGAGCGCUACCUUUUCUUGUUCAACAACAUGCUGCUCUACUGUGUGCCCAGGGUCAUCCAGGUGGGCGCCCAGUUCCAGGUGAGGACGCGCAUCGACGUGGCCGGGAUGAAGGUGCGGGAGCUGAGCGACGUGGAAUUCCCCCACAGCUUCCUGGUGUCGGGGAAGCAGCGCACGCUGGAACUGCAGGCCCGGUCCCAGGAGGAAAUGGUUUCCUGGAUGCAGGCCUGCCAAGCCGCCAUCGACCAAAUCGAGAAGCGGAAUGAAACCUUCAAGGCCGCAGUCCAGGGCGCCGAGGGCGACGCCCAGGAGCAGCUGCAGUCGGAGGAGCUGGGUCUCCGAGCGCCGCAAUGGGUCCGGGACAAGAUGGUGACCAUGUGCAUGCGCUGCCAGGAGCCCUUCAAUGCCCUGACGCGCCGACGCCACCACUGCAGGGCCUGUGGCUACGUGGUGUGCGCCCGGUGCUCCGACUACAAGGCCGAGCUCAAGUACGACGACAACAGGCCCAGCCGGGUCUGCCUGGCCUGCUACGCCUUCCUGACUGGCAGCGUGCUCCCCCACGACAGGCAGGAGCGGAGGCGGGGCAUCCUGGAGAAAGGAGCUUCGGCUGGGCCAGACCAGAGUCUGAUGUGCAGCUUCCUGCAGCUCAUCGGGGACAAGUGGGGCAAGAGUGGCCCCCGGGGCUGGUGUGUGAUCCCCCGCGAUGAUCCCCUGGUGCUCUACGUCUAUGCGGCUCCUCAGGACAUGCGGGCCCACACCUCCAUCCCCCUGCUGGGCUACCAGGUGACCCCCGGGCCCCAGGGGGACCCCCGGGCCUUCCAGCUGCAACAGUCGGGCCAGCUCUACACCUUCAAGGCCGAGACGGAGGAGCUGAAGGGUCGCUGGAUGAAAGCCAUGGAAAGGGCAGCCAGCGGUUGGAGCCCCGGGGUGCCUGAUGACGGGGACCUGUCUGACUGAGCCACCGCUGGCCGCUCCUGUUCGCCCCUCCCACUCAGAGCUGAACUCUGCAGGGGCUGAUCCCACAGCCCACCCCAAGCUGCGCCUUCACAGAAUCCACUGCAGGCAUCUGUGGCUGGACCACACGUCCUGAUCCAGCAUGCAGAAAAAGGGGUCCCCCUGGGCGCGGGAGGCUGAGGCAGGAGGAUCGCGCUCAAGUUCAAGGUCAGCCUCAACAAUUUAGUGGAAUCCUAAGUAACUUAGGGAGACUUGGUAACUAAAUUAAAAAUAAAAGGGGAUGGGGAUGUGACUCAGUGGUAAAAAACCCCUGGGUUCAAUCUCCAGUACCAAAAUAACAAUCAUGAUAAAAAUAGAAAUGUUGGUGAAUAGAUCCACAAGUUAAUUUUAAGAUUAAAAAAUAUUCACCAGUAUGGGAACUCUCUGUAUUUUAUGGUAAAUUUUGUUGUGCAUCUAAAACUUCUCUAAAAUAUAGUCUACUUGAAAAUAAAAAUAAUUUUUAAAAAAAUCUAAAGUAAAAAAACCAACCAGGGGCACACCCUGGUGCAUACCCCCAAAUUCUAGCAACACAGGAGGUUGAGGCAGGGGGUAGCACAAGUUCGAGGCCAGCCUGGGCAACUUAGUGACACCCUUUCUCAAAACCAAGAAGGGCUGGGGAUGUAGCUCAGUGGCACGGAACCCCUGGUU